AGAAGCAGUGGCUGCAAAGACUGAAGCCCUGCCCGGAGUUGUUCUCAGCUGGAAGAGACAGGCCUGGGCCCAGCAUCGCCAGCAGCCAGACAGCAGCAGCAGCUGCACUGACAGCAGCAGAACACAGCAUGGUGGUGGUGAAACUGGAAUGUCCCAAAAUCACACCAAAGACACCAACAACAACUGCAAUAAAAGCCUCCUCUGUGAUCAGAAGGGAAAGCUUGUCCAGGCUAUUAAAAGAAUUAAGCACGAGGUGGAUGAGUGCAGAGAUGCAGAAAGAGAGACACACAUAGAUUCAGUCCAAGUAGAGGACAGUUUCAAUGCCCUGGAACGAGACAUCAGAGCAGAGUUUAAGAACAUCCAUCGUUUCCUGGAUGAGGAAGAGUGUAAGGAGCUGGAGCGACUGAGGAUGGAGAGACAGAAACAACUAAAACAGCUGAAGGAAAGAGAGAAGAAAAUAGCAGCGCAAGGGAGAGACCUGGAGAGAGCAAUCACAGUACUCAACAGCAAAUUGGCUGAGGAGGACAGUCCUAAACUGCUCACAGAAAUUCAAGAUCUCAUAAAAAGAUCUCAGGUCAGGUUUGUCAAUCCAGCAAAGGUGGACACUGAGGUACGCUCCGGCCAGUUUGUGGGGCCCAUACAGUACAGGAUAUGGAAGCACAUGAAAAGCUGCCUUUACCCAAAUAUUACAUCAAUGACCUUUGACCCUGAGACAGCCCACCCUAAUCUGUCCCUGUCCCAGUCUCGAACCUCAGUGUGGUUUGAGGAGGAUAAAGACACAACAGACUUCCAGUUCAACCCACAACGGUUCCACCAUUAUUACUGUGUGUUGGGCCAUCAGAGCUUCACCACAGGCCGACACUACUGGGAGGUUAAGGUGGGACGUAAGACAGCGUGGAGGUUGGGCGUGGCCCGAGAAGAUGUCCCUAGAGGGGAGAUGGAUGCCUCUGGCCCUUCCAGUGGCCUCUGGACCCUGUCCCUGAAGGACGGAUCCGUCCAAGCCUGCACCGACCCAAAGCCCACCAAGGUCAGAGUAUCUGUCGGUCUUGUCCGCAUCGGCCUGUUCUUAGACUGUGAAAAGGAGGAGGUGUCUUUCUACAAUGCUGUUACCAUGGCGCCAAUCUACACCUUUACUAUGGGAACAGUUGAGGUCCCUUUGUUCCCCUUCUAUAAUCCAUGUGACUCAGAUGAUGGGAAGAACACGGCAGCCAUCACAAUCUUUAACCCUUCCCUAUAAUGAGGGGAUGCAGAGAUUUCCAACACAAAUUGUUAAUUUUACAUUAGUAUAAUUACUUAGUAAUUGGUAAUUGGAAAUUAUUUUGAUUGUCAAUAAAUGGUUAGGAUUAUCAUUUUCAAACAAAAAUGCCAAUCAUUUGCAUUCUUUUGUCUUCUGUGAAAAUAGUUUUGUCUUGGAACCACUGUUCCAUUUAAAGACAUCACCUUGGAUAUUGGCAAUUAGAUCUUGACAUUUUGUUGACAAUAUUGAUAAAGAAAAAAAUUAGUUAGUUGCAGCCCUGAUUAUAUAAUGCCCUUACAACUUUCUUAAAUUUGUUUGCAAACAGAGAAACUCUAAAUUCUUUCAAGAAAUGAUUUUA